UCACUUUUUCACAUUUUUAAAUUUCCCACCGUUCCGUCCCCCAUACGUCCUGACGUCGCAGGGAACCUAGAAGAUAGAUGCCGGCAUCGGGCAGAAGCCAUUGCCGGGGACACUGCAGGAGGGACAUCGUGAGAGCGCAGGACAAGAUAAGUGAAGAAGAGAUCCCGGAGCAGCACUGCAGGGUAUUCCCGAGUGUAGCUGGGGGUUACCGCUUGUGUUGCUGAAACUUUACCCCGAGCUACACUCGGGAAUACCUCCUGGGAGGAAAAGCUCUACCACUGGAAGCGAGUUCCCACAAUAU